AUGGAUGCUACUACAAUUCAACCAGCCAUCCAACCGCAGAACGAACAAAUUGAACAACAUGAGAAAUUCCAGUCCCAAGCGACCGUUUCUGCAACUGAAUAUCAACAAAACCGACUCUCGCGCUCCUGGCGUCACUACGCGUUCUCGCCCAUCAUUGUCAACACCCUCGCCGAACUGGAACUUUUACUGCUGACAUUCAACAUCGGAAUACAAGAUGCAGCAACCUUUUCCGACUACCGAUGCUUCGCCUCUAAUCAGACGGGAAACACGGUCAUGCUUGCUCUCGCAGUGGUGGCACAAAAUGAUACCAGCGACCUAUUUAUAUUAGCGAACAUCGGCAUUAGCCUUCCAUUGUUUCUCGCAGGCGCCUUUAUCACAGGCCAGCUCGGAAAUCAUGUUUUGGGCCCCCGCAUGCGUGCCUGGCUGGUUGGGAUCAAUUUCCUGCAGACGAUGAUGGUUUUCUGCGCUGCAGUCAUGCAAUUCACACUAGGAGGUCAGUCGGAGGGCCCGGCUGCGUUAGGCAUCAUUUCCCUGCUCGCAUUCUCCAGUGGAUCACAGGUGGUUUUGUCUCGCGUGCUGCAAAUACCGGAGAUCACCACUGCCAUGGCCACAGCGGCUUGGGUUGACCUCAUGAUUGAUCCAAAGGUUUGGAAGAUAAGAAAUAGACCACGCAACCGGCGCAGCUUCUUUCUCCUGUCUCUCUUCGCUGGUUCACUGGUUGGAGCAGCUGUUUAUUACAAAGCUGGAUCGCCAAUAGCGCUCAUCCUGUCUGCCUCGGUUAAGGCCAUCGUUACCGUAAUGUUAUUCUUCAAUCCGUCCGAACCGAUCGUGGAUUAUGAUGAUUGCGCGCUGGCAUAA